AGUAUAUCGUAUAUUGGCAACAAAUGUCAAAGACAAAAACCAAUCGCGAAAUUUUGUAACACGAAAACAGAGUAGAGCAUGGGUCGGGAAAUUUUUUUGAAGUGAACAAAAUUAAGAAGAAAUGUUGCACUUGAGUCCUAGAUCAAUUGGCGUGAGAUCAAUAUCGCUUUUUGCUAAACUGUGGAAUGGACAACAAGCAGCUGCUCCGACAAAUGGAGAAAGAAAAAUUAAGGAUAUUCUAAGUAAACGCUUCCCAUCAGCAAAAUGUGUAGAAGUUCAAGAUAUAUCCGGAGGUUGUGGUGCAAUGUUUGAAAUCAUGGUGGAAUCAAAUGAAUUUAAAGGCUUAUCUAUAGUGAAGCAACAUCGACUGAUAAAUGAGGCGCUGAAAGAAGAAAUAAAGGAAAUGCAUGGUUUGAGAAUACAUACUUCUGUGCCAUCGUGACAUUCUUAGAGCAUUAGGUGUUUUAAUCUUUAAAUAGUUUGGAUGUGUAAACAUUUUAGAAAGAUUACAUAGAGUUACUAACAUGUAACACUUCUACAAAAUUGACUUUAAAUAAUAAAUUAUUAUUAUUAAUAAUUGAAAUGAA